CAACCAUUUCGCGGCGAGGAGCUUCCAGCCUAGCUGGGAUGACAAGAACCGUAGCGGCAUAGGAUCGAAAGAGGAAGUGCAAACAGGACGGCGCGCGGGUACGGGAGAUGAAUCCCACGGACGUUCUGAGAAAAGAAACGCAGGCAGGCAAAGUGAGGGUGGCCAACCGAGAGGGCGAGGUCCCUCUUGGCAGCAUCGGAUACAAGCGAGUGACCUGCGGCUCUCGGCCAGAAGACGGCCAGGAAGGCCAAAUCGAGGGUCCAUGGCGUCGAGACGGUACGUGGACAACUAGUUUUCUUACGACGCCGCGGCCUGGCCAGGCCUUGCGGCAGACAACAAGAACCCCGGUCUUCUUGCCGGGUCUAUGUGAAUGUCACAGGUUCCAAGGGCGAUCUGAAGGGCAGCAGAAUGCAGCAAACGCAAAUGUAGCCAAAGAAAAUUCGAAUUGAGAAAUGUUGUGACGAGGAAGCUGUUGGUACCU